AUGUCGACGAGAAAGAAGAGGCAGAACUAUGGUGCCACAGGAGAAGGAGAAGGGUGGAGCCCGUGGGGAGAGUGGGGACCGUGCUCCAGGACCUGUGGUGGAGGGGUGUCCUUCCAGGAGAGACUCUGCCUGGUCACCAGGUCAGAUGGCGGAGAUAACUGUGUGGGACCGAGGAAGAAUUAUAGAUCCUGCAACAUACAGGACUGUCCGGAAGGUUCUAAAGACUUCCGUGCGGAGCAGUGCUCCCAGUAUGAUGAUGUGGCAUUUGAAGGGCGCUUCUUCACUUGGAUCCCGUACCUGGGAGCCCCUAACAGAUGCGAGCUGAACUGCAUGCCCAAAGGUGAGAACUUCUACUACAGACAUGAGCAGAAGGUGGUGGAUGGAACCAAAUGUGACCUGGACAGUCUGGAUGUCUGUGUGGAUGGCAUCUGUAAGGGUGUUGGGUGUGACUACAUGCUGGGCUCUAAUGCUCAGGAGGACAAGUGUCGGGAGUGUGGGGGAGAUGGAGGCAGCUGCAAGGCCGUGAAAGGGUUGUUCAGCAUACGCAACCUUCCAGUUGGUUACAAUCAGUUCCUGGUCAUUCCUGCCACAGCAACUAACAUCAGGAUUGAAGAACUGAAAGCCUCAGACAACUUCUUGGCUGUGAGAAACGCUAGCGGACAUUAUUACAUCAAUGGCGGCUGGCACAUUGACUACGCCCAGCCCUUCACUGUGGCAGGGACAAUCGUUCACUACGAGAGGAAGACUGAAGCGUACAGGGAUCCUGAGGUCAUACGAGCACUGGGGCCAAUCACAGAGCCACUGUACAUUGAUCUGAUCACCCAGGAGAAGAACCAUGGUGUGAAGUAUGAGUACUACAUCCCCCACGACAUCCAGGAUCCCACACAGGGGAACUUCACAUGGAUCUAUGGGUCAUGGGGAGAGUGCAGCACAUCUUGUGGGGGAGGAUACCAGUUGCGGAGCGUGUCCUGCUCCAGAGGGAACGAGAUUGCAUUUGACUACCAGUGUCCCCCCAGCCAGCAGCCUCCCAACAACAGGACAUGCAACUCACAACCAUGUCCACCUAGGUGGUACAUUGGAGAUUGGGGCCCCUGCUCCAAGUCCUGUGAAGGAGGCUUCCAGACAAGACUGGUGUUUUGUGAACAGGCCCUGAGAGAUGGGAUUCCUGAGCAUGUCGACGAUGGUGUCUGUGAAGAGAGCAUCAGGCCCAAACCAGUCUUCAAACAACAGUGUAACCAACAUGAGUGUCCUGAAUGGAAGGUUGGGGAGUGGUCACAGUGUUCACGUGUGUGUGGCAUUGGGACGCAGACUCGUGAGGUGACCUGUGUCGCGCCUAACGAGGUGAACCGCUGCGACCCCGAGUCCAAACCACCGACGGAGAAGUCGUGUAACUCAGGACCAUGCCAGGGGGUGGAGUGGAUGGUGUCAGAGUGGACAGAUUGCACAGACUCCUGUGACGAGGGGAUGUCCUCCCGUAGCCUGUACUGCUCCAGCCGGGACGGCCACCUGUACCCUGAGGAGAUGUGUGACGCAUACCGAAAACCUGACAAGAUGAGGAAGUGUGCGGCGUCACAGGAGUGCCUCCCACAGUGGCACGCCUCCCAGUGGAGUAAGUGUUCUGCUGAGUGUGGAGACGGUGUGCAGACCAGGAUGGUGAUGUGUGCCGCCCUGGUGGGGAACUCCCUACAGCUUCUCCAGGAGGAGCAGUGCUCCCAGGAGGGCAGGUUUGACAACAUGAGGUCAUGCAAGGUCAAGGAGUGCCAUGCCAUGUGGUAUGCUGGGCCUUGGAGCAAGUGCUCGCAGCAGUGUGAUGGUGGGACCAGGAGAAGGGAGAUCAUGUGCUUUGCCGACGGUGCUCUUGUCAAUCAGUCCAACUGCGAUGCAGGGAACAAGCCUGAAGACACUGGGAUCUGUAAUCUUAUCCCAUGCACUCAAGCUGAAGCCCCCAGACUUGGGACUGAUGGGUCUGGUCCGUCACAAGUCAUCGAUGACUGCGGGUUCUCUGAGUUUGGCUGCUGCAUGGACGGGUACACUGCUGCUGAGGGGCCCUUCAAGGCGGGGUGCCCGCCCCUGGGGUGUGAGGGGUCGGAGUUUGGCUGCUGCCCGGACGGGGAGAGACCAGCUCAGGGCCCUGACUACCAUGGAUGCACAGAUGGCUGCACAGACACAGAACAUGGCUGUUGCCCAGACGGCAUUUCAGCGGCAACAGGCCCGUUUAACGAGGGCUGCCCCGACGACCCCUACAGUAAUGCCAUCAUCCCCUGUGAGUGGACGACGUUUGGAUGCUGUCCUGACGGUGUGACGGAAGCAUACGGACUGAACCACCAGGGCUGUGGGGAGGAGAAGCCUUGCUGGACCACUGAGUUUGGCUGCUGCUCAGAUGGAGACACACCUGCAGGACCCCAGGUUGAAGACUGUCCAGAAGUUGAUGUUUGCCAGCUCCCCAGAGACACCGGCCCCUGUUCCCAGUGGGAAGAGGCUUGGUACUACGACGCCAAUACGAAGAGCUGCACGCAGUUUUGGUACGGGUCGUGUGGGGGAAACGGCAACAGGUACAAAAGCCAGGAGGAGUGCCAGAACACUUGUGAACUUCUGAAAGUCAACCCAAGAGAAGUGAUCUGCGUGCAGCCUGUCGACCCUGGCCCAUGUUUCGGUGCCUUCCGUAACUGGCACUACGAUCAGUCUGCUCAGGAGUGCCGGGAGUUUGUGUACGGUGGUUGCCAGGGAAACCAGAACAGGUUCUCUUCGCUGAGGGACUGCGUGGACCUGUGUGGAGGAGACGCCUCCAUCAUCUGUGACCUUCCCCGUGCCCCCGGGUCGUGCCACGGGUCCAUCCCCAGGUGGUACUUUGACAGGGAGGAGGGAAGGUGCACCAAGUUCCUGUACGGCGGUUGCCGUGGCAACGAGAACAGGUUCGAGUCAUUCCAGGACUGCCAGUCAACCUGUGGAGGGCCAGAGGUCAUGGAGGUCACCAACAAUGAAGAUGUGUGCAACUUGCCCAUGAAGAUCGGUCCAUGUAGGAUGUCCAAGAGGAGAUGGUACUACGACUCCUUCACCAAACUGUGCACAGAGUUCAUCUACGGAGGCUGCAGAGGCAACGCUAACAACUUCGACACCCUGCAGCAGUGUCGACAGGCCUGUGGGCCUGCAGCUAGUGCAGGAGACCUGACGAUCUAUGUGACAGAUGCCCCGCCCUCCAUCCAGGGUAGCAGAGAUGACAGUGAUGUGGAGCUGUUGUGUGGCUCCUCUGAGUGGGGCUGCUGUCAGGACGGCAUCACCUUCGCACUGGGGCCGGACAAAGAGGGAUGCAGAGCCAUCAAUGAGCUUGGGGAGAUCCUUGGUCCCAACAUCAUCAACACACGGCCGGGCAGCACGGUAACUCUGUCCUGCCACGCCGAGUCCGACCUCCCCCUCACCACAACCUGGUCCUCACGCACUCACACUGACUUCCUGCAGAGCCCCAGGUUCCGCGACCUUGCGGGAGGGGUGCUGGAGGUUGUACAAGUGGAGCCAGCUGACAGUGGGACGUACACCUGCCUGGUUACUAACGGCUUCAGCACUCCCAGGACUAAGGACAUCCAGCUGAAUGUUCUGGUUCCAACUGUCAUCAUCCCUGACCAAACCAACUACGUCUCCCGGGUGGGUGAAACCACCAGGCUGGACUGUAGGGCAGAGGGAACCCCCACACCUCAGGUUAUAUGGGAGAAGGGUGGGGUCCUGUUGCCAGGAGACGUCCCCAGGAUGUUCCAGCUGCCCAACAACUCCCUGGAGAUCGAAGACGCGUCCAUGAGCGACGCCGGGGAGUACACCUGCACAGCAAACAACGGGGUCGGCGACCUGCAGAAGAGACUCGUCUAUCUGGAUGUUGAUGUUGGGCUUGAGAUCACCAUACGGCCCAAGAACGCCACCAUCGUGGAUGGGGAGACUCUGAUCCUGAUCUGCCGAGCCUCGGGCACACCAACUCCACAGGUGAGCUGGCUGAAGGAGGAGGGGCCCCUGCCUGAGGACAGGACACAGCUGGUGGCUAACGGAGACCUGCAGAUCAGCCCUGUAGCCAUGGAGGACAGCGGGCGGUACACCUGCAUAGUGUCCAAUGGCAGGGCUGCGAUCACAUCCAGUGCCUGGGUCACUGUGGAAGAGCAACAAAUCAGUGAGACGUGUGUAGACAACGCAGAGCUGGCCAACUGUGAGCUGAUCGCUAAGUUUGGUUUCUGUGACAACAAUGACUACUACAAGCAGUUCUGCUGCCUCAGCUGCGCCAGGUACAGCAGACAGAGGAGAAAACCUGGGGAAGUCCCAUAAAUACACUUCUACAGUCCUGCCUACUGAGAGGGAGGAACACUUUAAUCUGUACUUAAUCACAAGUGUGUAUUAGUUAGUUAAGAAAUACUUAUGAUCAGGUUAAGACCAAUAAUACAGUAUCCUUGAGAGGUACAAUGACACUAUAAGGAUUGUGUACAAGCACAUUUUCAGUUCUUUACUUUUUAUCAGUCCUUUUUCUGUUGCCCUCUGGUCCAGAAAUGACGAAUGUCAAGUUAGAAACUUCUUGUUUGUUAUUAUUUGGUGCUGAUGUACAUGCCUUUUCCACAAUAAGUCACCAUGGUAUCUGCAACAGCCCAUGUUGCUAAUAUGGCCUGUAUGGGAUACUUGGUUUUACUGUGAGCUGACACUCCAAUUGAAACUGAUGCGACAAACUGGCCGAUAAGUUGCUUAAGCACAUGUAAUGCAUUACAUUCCCCCUAAACAACUGCACAUACAAAGUAUAUGAAACACACAUGCUUUCUUUUUAUUUUUAAUUUUUAUUUCUGUUUUACAAUCCAGAUGAAUAUUAGAGGUUAUCAUAGUCUAGUCCUGACAAUGCCACUUGAUUUAGGGCCUUUGGGUGAACUGACAGUCAAAGAGAGACAGGAAUAUUCCAAUAUUCCUCCUUAAAAGUAGUUUAUGAAGCCUGAGUCUUAAACUUGGUUGUGCUUUUUGAAAGGUGGGAAACUACAUGUACAUGUAUGUUAGACAUUGUAGUUAAACUUUGUUUCAGAAUUUUUGUUGUUAGUAUUGGCCUUGUAAGUAGGCUUCUACAUUGGGCUUUUUUAUCAUAGUACACAUAAUACAUGCUGUUUUCUGAUUGUAUGUCUGACUCAGAUCUAUUGUUUACCGGCAAUCAGAAAACGGUAUUUGAUGAAUAGAACCAGAAACUCACAACUCAUUAGCCAGCUAAAGAGGAUAAUCAAUGAUAUACUAGUAUGGUGCUACACAACAUUUUACCUCUCAACAUAAUGCUAUCAAAUCAAGUAAAGGUGCAAAGCCGCAAAUUGUAAGUAGUAGUAUAAUACAUUGAUGAAGGUUAGACAUUCAGGUAAUAAGAUUGAUAUGCCAAAAAGUAGUUUUGGAAAACCAUAUCCAGUUUCUAAAAUCACAUCCAGUUGCUUCAGUCACUGCUUUUUGCUGUACUGAGUAUAAUAACUGUACUGGCAAAUUUGGAUACAAGACUGACAACUGAUCUGUGUGAACGCUCUUUUUUGAAAAUUACUGAAAACAGAAAUGCAAACAUAAUACAAAUGACGUUUGGUAAGGAUUUAUACGUAUGCAAGGUGUUAAUAGCAACAGUAACGUAGGGAUUGUCUGUUUUCAGUCCAUUGAAUAGCUUUCAAUAAUGUAUAUUUUGUUUGGUUGUUUGAUAAUUGGAUUGUAUUUUGCUUUGACACAAUGCUUGCAGUGUAGGCAGCUUGGUGAAAUAUACUUCAUGUUGUUGAUUUGUCAUUGUAUAUAGCAUGUCCGACAAUCAUUAAGCUCCACCAUGAUAUGAUUAUUUUAUACCACUAUGUUGUUUGUUGAUUAAGUUUUACUUUGAGUAUUGAUUUUAUGCUCUCCAUGACAAGUAUGUAUGACAACAUUAAUGGAAUCAUUUUAUAGGGUCACAAGGAAAGAGGGCUUCAAAUGAAAAUAAAACAAUAGACUUGG